UUGUCAGAACUUACACAAAUGGUGUCACUUGCUUGAUGGCUUCUUGCAAGAGGUUUCCAAGACAACUUACUCUCCAUAUGUACAACAAAAAUUAUUCACACAUGUGUCAAUAGGGCUUGCCUGCGCUGAUGCAAUAACUUGGUCCCACCUUGCCACUCAAAACCGCAUACCAUGUACUAUUGUGGUCUUAAUGACUCUGUGUCGAAUGCUUGGGUCAACCAUGGCUUCGGAUUAUGCUUCCUACACACCUUGGGAUCUAGCAUUAUUGGUCUGUGGAUACUCACCUUUGGGUGUAUUCAACUUGGAUUCUAUAGGAAAUAUGCCACAAGGCUCUCAGCAGCGGUUUUGCCUCAAAACAAGAAGUUCAAAAUUCAAGUCUUUGGACAUUUCGCCUUGACCUCUCUGGCCGUGUUGAGUGUCAUAGUCAGACACGCCGUCAGCCAUGACCAACUUUUCGGCUACGAGAUCUUGGAUCUAGUAGCCAAUCUCAUAAUAUGGCCCUUGACGUUGACGGUCCUCUUGGUGGAGAGGAACUUUCAGCUUCCGUCAGCUCCCUCGAAUAGUCACGGAGUGGUCCUGAUCUCCACUUGGACGUUGGCCUUUCUCUGGCAGAACCUCAAACUCCUGAGCUUAAACAACGAGCCUUUCUUCUACGAUUUGUCUCACUUGCGUGAACAGAUUGAGCUGACCCUAUUCUGCUUUGAGUAUGCCUUUGUGUUCUCAGCCUUUUUCCUGGGCAUGAAAGCGCCUGGAAUCUCCCAAACCCAUGAUUAUCUUUUCGGAGAGCAUUCAGAUGUCGAGGCCGUUUUACCCGACGGAUCCACCCGUAACCAAGACAUUCAGCAAUCGACCUGGUCAGGACUAUGGACCAAGUUGGGCGUGUUACUCCCUUAUAUGUGGCCCAAGAAGUCAUUAGGGCUCCAAUUCCGGGUCUUUAUGUGUUUUCUCUUGCUCGCCGGAGUCAGGGUUGCCAACGUGUAUGUACCUAUCUACUAUAAGAAAAUCGUGGACACCUUGACCCCGGUGGCCCUGGGUGCCGAGGUUCGAUUCUGUUGGGAUUUGAUUGCCAUUUUUGUGGCUCUGAAACUUAUUCAAGGAGGAGGAACAGGCGGACAAGGUAUCUUGAACAACAUCCGAACGUUCCUUUGGAUCCGUGUUCAACAAUAUACCACCCGAGAAAUCCAAGUCGGUUUAUUCACUCAUCUCCACCAUUUGAGUCUCCGAUGGCAUUUAUCCCGAAAAACGGGCGAGGUGUUGAGAAUCAUGGACCGGGGCACAUCGUCCAUCAACGGGCUUCUCUCGUACUUGGUAUUUAAUAUUUUGCCCACCAUUGUGGAUAUUGUUGUGGCCAUCGUGUACUUCAGCUCGGCAUUCAACAUCUGGUUCGGUCUGAUUGUUCUGGUUACCAUGGUGAUCUAUCUCGCUCUGACGGUGGCAGUGACAGAAUGGCGAACUAAAUUCCGACGGUCCAUGAAUCAAGCGGAUAAUGAACAACGAUCCAAGGGAGUGGACUCCUUAUUGAACUUCGAGACCGUCAAAUAUUAUGGCGCAGAACAUUAUGAAAUCGAUCGUUAUGAAAAGGCCAUCUUGAGCUUUCAGACUGAAGAGUUCAAGUCCCUAACAUCUUUGACAUUGCUGAACGGAACUCAAAGCUUGAUCAUCAAUGGGGGUCUUUUGGUGGGGUCGUUGUAUUGUGCAUUGUUGGUGACCAAAGGAUAUCUUACACCCGGCGACUAUGUCCUAUUCGGGACUUAUAUCUUGCAACUCAUGGUCCCUUUGAAUUUUCUGGGCACAUUAUACAGGGUGAUCCAGGAAAGCUUUAUCAAUAUGGAAAACAUGCUUGAGCUGAUGGAUGAGCCCCAGGAAAUCAGUGAUCUCCCCAAUGCCCUGCCAAUCAUGGUGCCACAAGGCAAAAUCGAGUUCAAAAAUGUGAACUUCCAUUACAAUCCGGAACGCCCCAUUCUUAAGGACGUAUCCUUUGUUGCCAAUCCUGGAGAAACAGUAGCUCUGGUUGGCGCUACCGGAUCAGGAAAGAGCACGAUCGUCCGAUUGUUGUUCAGAUUUUACGACGUCCAAUCUGGCGCUGUUCUAAUUGAUGAUCAAAACGUUCAAAAUGUCACCCAAGCCUCGGUUCGGAAUGCUAUCGGGGUCGUUCCUCAGGAUACGGUCCUUUUCAACGACACGAUUAGUUACAACAUUCGUUACGGACGUCCGGAUGCCACGGAUAGCGAGGUGGAAAACGCCGCUCGCCAUGCGGAUAUCCAUGACAAGAUCAUUGCCUUCCCGGAUGGGUAUGACACCAAAGUGGGCGAGAGAGGUCUGAAGCUGUCGGGUGGCGAGAAGCAAAGGGUGGCUAUUGCCCGUACCAUCUUGAAAGCCCCCAAAAUUGUGCUUUUGGACGAGGCCACCUCCGCUUUGGACACUCAGACCGAGAGACACAUUCAAAAUGCCUUGCAAGAAGUCAGUGUGGAUCGGACCACGAUUGUGGUGGCCCAUCGUCUAUCGACCAUCACCAACGCCCAUUGUAUUUUGGUCAUCAACGAAGGCGAAAUCGUUGAGCGCGGAAGACAUGAGGAGUUGUUGGGCAUUCCCAACGGGAAAUACGCCGCCAUGUGGAAUCAACAAAGCCAGAUGCGGAAAACGGAAGAUGACAAGGAAUAAGCAAGAGCUUUUUCAGAUGGUUCUGAUUCCCUAAAAGUCAUUCAUUCAUUCAAGUCAUCGAUGAUUGUUAGAACAAACUCACAUUGCACCUCACCUCACCUCUCUAGAAUAUGAAUAUAUAUGUAUAUGUCA